AUGAAUAUAUUUGUAAAUUCACACCCUGAUCCAAAUUUGGACGAUGAAAAAGAGUUGCAAGACAGCAAAUCAUUUCCAAUUAAACGAUCUCGUGCAGAAUGCUCGGUCGACAGAUCACUAGCGCUAACUCUAUACGUAUCAAGAUUUUUUGGAGUCGCCCCGGUGUCUUUCAAGAAGAAACGCAACUCUAUAUUUGUCAGUGUAUCACCGGCGAUGUACGCCUUUAGCUGUUUCCUUCUGCUUGCUCUUCAUGCUAGUAUUAUAUCAGGUCUAGUCUUAGACCUGAAUGUAGCUUCACACCGAACUGUUCGCGUACGAUCAGCAACUUCUUCUCUAGCGUGGCUCACAGAACUGGUGGUAGUAACCGUUUUGAUUACUUUUGCCGUCUACUACGGGCCGAAACGGGUGAAUUUGAAUGUGGUUUGCCUGUACUUGUGCUUCUACUUGGAGUUCAUGGCGACGUUUCCCCUGGAACUGCAGUUCAUGGACAUCGUGAUGAAAAUCGUAUCUGCUCAAAAAGCUAUCAACAAUGCUUUGGCGGAGUUCGUCUGUCAAAUUGACUCACGAGAAAAGUACAACGUAAAAGUUGUUAACUUUGAUUAUCUACUCGACAAAGCAAAUGUUGAUGAAGCUGACAAUAGCUCCAAAAAUACUACGAAGUAUGUUAAAGAAUCAGCUUCUCAAAUAUCGAAGAAAGAUACAAAAUUGUUUCGCUAUCUCAUUGUGUCCUAUGGUGCCAUAUGCGACGUGGUGAGACAGAUAAACGAUUCCAAUGCGAUCCUUCUUGUUGUACUGCUUUUAUCCUUCUUUCUACACUUAAUUGUGUCACCUUACUACUUAAUAUCUUUUUGGGUUAGCACAAAACACUGGGUGGUCAGUGCCAAGCUUCAGAUAGGUAUGUGUAUAUUCCACACCUUCAACAUGAUGAUCAUCAUUGAACCAGCACACCGGUGCACUGAAGAGAUGGAAAACACCAAAAUUUUAUUAAGCCAACUGACGCGCAGAGUUACGCGACCUGGUGAACCUCUUUUUCAUGAACUGGACCUAUUUCACAAGCAGAUCGUACUCAACGCUGCUUCUUUCACACCAAUGGGAAUUUGCUCUCUUAAGCGAUCCAUUAUUACCACGAUUUUCGGUGGUGUCACCACGUAUCUGGUGAUAAUUUUACAAUUUAGAGCGUUGGACCAACAAAAUUGGUAG